AUCGCUUUACACAUUUAGUGGGUAUAAUUUUAAAUUUUCUCAAAAAUUCCAUUCCAUCAGAUAAUAUCAUUUUUUUUUAUCCACUAACCAGUUAUAUAACGGGUACACUUCAUUUGGAAUUUGCUCUCAAAUGAAAUGAAAAAAUGUGUGCGUGUAUGUUUACUUCGGUGCUUUUUUUUACAUAUAUGUGAACCCAACAUCGAAUACAUCGAAUAUAUACGGCGUCAUUAUUUGAUCCAUUUUUUUUAAUGUUUGAAUGAAAUACAAAAACAACGACAAAAAUUUCAUUUUCAUAUUCAAAAUAAAAAAAACAAUUUGCCCACACCACCACCAUCAUCACAUGCACAUACGAUUCAGGUGAACGAAUUUUGGCUCAUUUAUACGAAAAAAAACAAAAACAAAUCACACGUUUGUGUACAAAAGGAAUAGAAAACAAAAACCUCCCAUAGAAAAUAUCAUGUCGUUGCCAUUGUCGAAUAAUAAUAAUGAUGAAGACAGUAAUGUUUCAUCGUCUCCACCUUCUUCUUCUACUUCUUCUUCUUCGAAUGGACAUCAAUCAUCAACAAAUUUUAAUGAUGAUGAACAUGGAAUCAAUACCACUGUGAAUAAUAAUAAUAAUAAUAAUAAUAAUAGUGAUAAUAGUAAUAUUGAUAGUCAACAACAUAACAUUACUGAUGAUGAUAAUAAUGGUCACCAUAAUCAACAUCAGCAGCAGCAACAGCAACAACAACAACAACAACAGCAGCAGCCACAGUCACAUACAACAACCACACAAUCAUUGGCUAACUGUUUGAUUCGAAUAGCUCGUAUAUUUAGUGGUAAUAACCGUAAUGAUGAUGAUAAUGAUGAUGAUGAUGGUCAAACUGAAACCAAUAAUGAUCAAUCUUCAACAACGAAUGGAGCCAACACUUCAACACAAGUUUAUGUCACAACGACAAAUAAUUCUUUAUCAUCAAUGAAUUCAACAUCAUCAUCAUCAUCAAAUUCACAAUCAUCAUCUACGAAUGCUAUAACACGUAUAUUUGAACAUUAUAAUAUUAUUCAACAUCAUCAUCAUCGUAAUAAUAAUCAUCGACAACCGAAUCAAUCGAAUUCACAACAUUCAACGAUUAUUAUAAAUGGUGAUAACGGUAAUACACAAAAUUUUCAAAACGGUAAUGGUAAUGCUAUUACUAUUCCUACAUCCGCAACAACACGAAUUAUACAAAUAAAUCCUACACAUCAUCAUCAUCAUCAUUCAACACCAUCGUCAUCAUCAUCACGAAAUAUAGUCACAAUUGAACCUGUAUAUGCAGCAACUAUUCGUCGAGUUUCCAUUCAAUCAACACCAUCAUCAACAUCUUCAAAUGAAGAAAUCAACAACAGAAACCAAGAACAACAACAACAGCAACAAGAACAACGAUUAGAAUCAUCAACACAACCAAAUACAUCGUCAUCGAUUACAUCGACAACUAAUACAGCUACAGAUACAUUGAAUCAUGGACAACAAACAACAAAUAAUGGCCAUCAAUCAUCAAUUAUAACUGGUUUAAUAAGUGAUGAUAAUAAUGACAAUUUGAUGGAUUCAUCAUCAUCAUCAUCAUCAACUAAUGAGCAGCAAUCAAUUUCAAAUGAAAAUGUUAAUCAACAACAACAACAACAGCAAUCAGGCGAAUCGACAACGUCUCGAAAUCGGUCACCAUUUUCAGUUACAAUGAAUCUAACAUUUAAUAUACAUCAACAUAGUGGUAGUAAUCAUCAUCAUCAUCAACAACAACAACAACAGCAACAGCAACCAAGGAAUUUUAACAAUUUAUUUGAAGUUCCAAUUAAUGGUGGUGUUGGUGCUGAAUGGAUUUUAGAUGCCAAUCUUCUUCGUACACGACAACGAGUCUAUAGUAUGUUGCUCAUAAGAAUCGCUCUUUUAUAUUCGGUUUCUAUACCGAAAUUUAUUCGAAAUAUUUUCGAAUAUUCCAUAUUAUUGAUGGCCUUUAUUUCUUUUGCAUUAUUGAUACAUAUGCAUGUGAUGUUUAUACGUUCACCAUUAACAUGUUUGGAUCAUGUUAAACAAACAUGGCCAAAACAUGGCAUAUUACGUGUCCAAAUUGGUGAUCAAGAGUCAAUAUCAAAAUUUACUUAUGAUAUUUUUCAAUCAGAUUCUGGAUCAUCUUAUUUGAAAUUGAAGCCUAAAGUAUCGGAAAAUUUCAAUAAUCAAUAUAGUCCUUUGAAUCCAGUGAUUAUCAAUAUGGAAAAUGAUAUUGAUGAAAAUGAUCCAGAAUUAACUUUUUUAAAUUAUAAAAAGAACGGAGCUUGGUCAGAACCAUAUAUUGUAGAAUAUUCUCUUGAAUAUGGCCUUUUACGAUUAUCUGAACAAAUGCGUGAUCGAUAUCAUGUGCCAGUUAUGAAAGUUGUACUUAAUCCUGAAACAGAUAAAUGUUUUGGUGAUCGAACAGCUCGUUUUAUGUUGAAUAAUUUUCUUGGCUACGAUGAUGUAUUGAUUGGUUCAAUCAAACAGUUGGCUGAACGUGAAAAUAAUCGUGGUUUCGUUCGAAACGUUGUCACUGGUGAACAUUUUCGUUUUGUAAAUGUUUGGAUGACUCGUACAUCAUAUCUUGCAGCUGCUUUUAUAAUGAUUGUUUUUACAUUAUUUGUAUCGAUGUUGAUUCGAUAUAGCCAUCAACAGGUAUUUGUAUUUGUUUCAGAAUUUUUACGAUCAUUAGAAUUACAACAGCCUGCAACAAGAAUAUCAUUUUUGGCCGCUUCUUUGGUCACCGUAAUACUUGCAUUGAUUGGAAUGGAAACAAUAAUGUAUGAAUUUUUCUCUGAUUCAUCGAUCACAUUCCAUGUGAUAAUAAUGGUAUGGGCAGCCGAUCAAUUUGAUUCAUUGGCCAUACAAUCACAGAUUACAAGACGACAUUUUCUUCGAUUUUUCUACCUCUAUCAAUUUGUAUUCUAUGCCUAUCAUUAUCGAUUCAAUGGACAAUAUUCUGGAUUGGCAUUGUUGACUACAAUGUUGUUUACAUAUCAUUCAAUGAUUUAUUUUUUCCAUCAUUUUGAAUUGCCAUUAUUACGAGCUACAUAUUUACAACAACAACAACAGCAACAACAACAACAACAACGACAUUACCAAGUGCCAGUACAGCAGCAACAAAUUUUUGUUUCAUCAUCAUCAUCAUCAAUGACUGAUCAUAAUAAUGGUGAACAACAACAACAGCAGCCAAAUUCACAAUCUUCAGCCACAAAUGAUCAAGAAACAAUGACAAUAGAUUUAUCGGGUGAUGAACAACAACAAUCUAAUCAUUCCGAACAUGGAUCUAAUGGCCAAAUUGAAACAAUAAAUGAUGAUGAUGAUAAUAUAUCGAUAAACCAAACUAAUGGUAAUCAACAACAAGAAAGAGAAAAAUCUACAUUAACUUUAAAUCAAGCUGCCAUAACUACCGAUACAACAAUCAUUUCGAAUCAAAUUGAUGAAGAUUCAUCAUCUACUACUGGCACCAUUGAUGAAUGAAAAAAAAACAAAACAAAAUAGAGAUUUAGAAUGGUUUAUUAUCGAAUAUUCUAUCUCUAUUCUAGUCUCUCUCUCCUUCUCUCUCAUUUAAACAUGAUGUUUCGUCAAAUGUUUUUGUUUUUAUAAAUCAAAUCAAAUCAACAACCACCACCACUACUGCAAAAAAAAAAGAAAG